AUGUCCCAUUCACCAAGCCAGUCCCUCGCGCCGGGCCCGACAUGCCCCCUCGACGAGGGCUCACCCAAAACGUACCCACAAUUUAUUCUCUUCGGCGACAGCAUCACGCAGGGCGCCUCCCAAGUCUUCCAAUCCUCGCUCUCGGAAUGGUACCAGCGACGGCUGGACGUGAUCAAUCGAGGCUUCUCGGGCUACACCGCGCCAGCCGGCUACGACACGCUGGUUCAAUUCUUCCCCAGCCACCCUCCAUCCAGUUGCUCACCGCGCAUCCGGCUCCUCACCAUCUUCUUCGGCGCCAACGACGCCUGCCUGCCGGGCUCGCCCCAGCAUGUCCCGCUUGGAGAGUACAAGCAGAGCCUGCGCAACAUCCUCGACUACGAAGGCCUCAAGCAGCACGACACCCAACCCAUCCUGAUUGUGCCCGCGCCCGUCGACGAGUGGCAGCUGAACGGCGGCGAUAGGAACGCCGCCACCACCGCGCGCUAUGCCGACGCCUGCCGCGAGGUUGCCCAGGAAUACAGCCUGCCUGUCUUGGAUCUCUGGACGAUUUUCAUGCUGAACGCCGGUUGGAGCCAGGGCCAGCAGGGUCCGUUGAUUGGGAGUCGCGCCGCGCCGAAGAAUCCAGUCCUCGAUCAACUGUUGUCCGAUGGUCUGCAUUUCACUCCCGUUGGCUACAAGCUGGUCUUUGAUGAGCUGGUCUAUUUGAUCAUCCGAGAGUUGCCAGACCAUCGACCAGAAAAUCUGCCGCAGAUCUUUCCAGACUGGAGGUUCAAGUUGGGAGUUACAGGAUAG